AUGUUUCUUACACUGGUUUUAGUCGUUAUUCUUCUAAUUCUCUACCAUCAAAUUCGUUCAUUACGUUAUUUUUCCUCUCGCUCAACUCCUGGUCCUCAUCCUUCACUCUUCUUCGGUAAUCUGCGUCAAUUAUGGAAGUGUCAAAGUAUUAGUCGUCAACUCCAACUUUGGACCCAAAAAUAUGGGCCAAUCUACGGUUUCUACGAAGGUGCUUAUCAACGUAUUUGGGUUGUCAGUGAUGUGAACUUUCUUGAAGAUGUAUUUAUUAGACAAUUUUCACUCUUUACAUCGCGUAAACCAAUUGCAAUUUUCCUUAAUCCAAAUGAAAAGUAUCCAAAUGAUAUCGUUCAAGCUGAUGUGUAUUCACUUCAUUAUUCUUUUGAUCUCUGGGGACCAAUUGAUCCAGCUCUAUUUUAUCCUGAUCGUCAUCUUACACAACAAUCACAAUCUGCUUUCCUGACAUUUGGCUUAGGUCCACGUCAGUGUAUUGGCAUGCGUUUUGCUAUGUUAGUCAUUAAAUUAACAUUGAUACGUUUAUUGAAAGAGCACACGAUGGUACAAAGUAACAAAUUAGAAGAAAAUUGGCGUUUGAAUGAUAAACGUGUUAUAACACCACAAAACUGUUGGAUCCGAUUAGAAAAGAGACAAUGA